CCCAAAACCAAACCAGCUGCCUCCGACAGCAUCCACCUUUUCCUCCCCCAAACCAUGGACUUCUCCACCGGCGGGAGCGUGAGCGGGGGCGGCGGAGGCGCCAGCGACGGCCCCGCGCAGGCGGAGCGCUGGCUGGAGAUCGCCGAGAAGCUCCUCGCGGCGCGCGACCUCGUCGGCUGCAAGCGCUUCGCGGAGCGGUCGGUGGAGGCGAACCCGCUCCUCGCCGGCGUUGACGAACUCCUCGCCGUCGCCGACGUCCUCCUCGCUUCCCAGUUCAUGGGCACCUCGGGCCAGCCGGACCCGCUCGCCAUCCUCCAGCUGCCGCCCGGAGUCAGCCCCGACCAGGCCGCCGUGUCCCGCGCCUUCCGCCGCCUCGCGCUCCUCCUCGGUCCCAGCAACCCGCACCCGGGAGCCGAGAUGGCGCUCCGCCUCGUCAACGACGCCUACGCCUUCCUCUCGGAUCCCUCUCGCCGCCCCCCGCCGCCCGCCGAUCCCGCCACUGGUACCCCUUACUCCUCCCAGUAUCCCGCCGCGGCCGCUCCCGCCUCCGACACCCCGGAGUUCUGGACGGCGUGCCCCUUCUGCUGCUACGUGCACCAGUACCCGCGCAGCCUGAUCGGGCGCGCCCUCAAGUGCCCCAACGCGGGCUGCCGCCGCGGAUUCGUGGCUUCUGAGCUCCCGACCCCACCCACGGUUGUGCCGGGCACUGAAAUGUACCACUGCGCCUGGGGGUUCUUCCCCCUCGGAUUUCCCAACGCGGCCGACCUGGGUGCCAACUGGAAGCCAUUCUACAAGAUGUUCCCUUGGAACACGGCUCCCAGUGGCCAAGGUGGUGGUGGUAGGAGUCACGGAAACCAUGGUGGUAGGCAGCCACAGAAUGACAGUGCUCGUGGUGGCUCUUCUAGAGGUAGGAUCAAGAAGACGACGGCCCGCAAGAAGGUCGGGGUAGGGCUCAGGAGACGUUCUCUUGGUGUGGAGAGUGGCAUUGAUUCUUCGAUGCUCGGGCAGGAAGGCUGGGCUGGGGAUGAGAACGCUGGAGAUGGAAGGGCCGAGGAGGUGAGGAGAAUUAACAUAAAUGAGGCAGCACAUGCUACAGAUGGCACUGGUAGGGUUAAUGUUAGCGGUGCUGGCGGAGUUGAAGAUAUCGGCAACUUUCAUAUCGAUGUUGAUGCAUCCGAGGAUAUAUUGGGGAAUUUGCACAACAUGCACUUCUUGAGGGUGGACAAUCUUGGACGGAUGAUUUAACUGUUGUUAUGGUUUACUGGGGCUAUGAUUAGCCAGGCCGACUCUUGCUGUUCAAGUGUUCAUUUGAGUGUAAUUGUUCCAUCCCUGUUAUGUAAUGUUGUAGUUGUAGACUUGUAGUCUACCUGGUACCUGUAGUUACUUAACAUCAGGCAGGGAAAAAUUUGUAUGUUCAUUA